UUGAGUCGCGUCCAAGCUCCCUCCGAAUACGAGAACUGUACCCCACACUGUCAACAGAGCCUCCAAACCCACUCUUCAUACAUACAUCCGCGCCUCACGAUACCUUGCACUUCUCGCAAAUCGAAGAACAAACAAGACAGCCUCACGACUUCACGAAACUGCCCGAUCUCCACCCCAACCAAUUCGAACCCUCUCAUUCUACCGCCAAAGAAACAUAAACAACAUGGCAACAUCAACACCACCACCACCCUCGCAACAACCUCCCACAACCUCCUCAACAUCAACUCCUCCAACAUCAACAGCAGCAACACCACUCUCCCCCACAGACCCGACCUACACCCCUCCAACAAUCUUCUCCUUCCCCCCCUUCUUCACCCUCCAACCAAACCCGACAACGCGCUCCUCCCAACUCCACUCCUGGUCCACGCACAUCCAAUCCUACGCGCGCUCCCACCGCCUCUUCACCCUCUCCCUCAUCGACGCCCUCCCAACCCCCUCCCUCUUCACGAACCCCACCAUCUCGCGCUCGCUCUCGCUCCGCGACGCCCGCGCCGUCCUCAACUUCAUGGCCUCCCCCGAAGGCGGGAACCGCGCCGAAUGGUUCCCUACCUCUUCUUCUUCUACUGCUAAGAAGACCGGCGCCGCGGGAGAUGAAGCUGGAGGGGGGAAGGCGUGGAUAUAUUGGCGGCGGCCUGAGGAAUGGGCUGCGGUGCUGGAGGAGUGGGUUGAUAGGACGGGCCAGAAGGGGACUGUGCUGACGCUGUAUGAGAUUGUCGAGAGCGAUGCUACGAGGCGGGAGGAGUUUUGGGGGAUGGAGAGCGAGUUGUUGGUCAGGAGUUUGGGGAUUUGUGUUAAGAGGGGGAAGGCGCAGAUUUUUGGUGGCGAGGGGAGUGAGGGCGUCAAGUUCUUCUAGUUGGGGGAUGGAUGUAAAGGGAUUUUUUCUUCGGGUCGGGGAGAAAGGACGAUGGAUAUAGGGUUUAGAGUUUAAGAUUUUCUGGGGUGGGGAUACCAUGGUAUAGAUGUACCGAUAU